ACCCCGCCGUUUACACUGUCGGCACCAUGGACGUUCUGCUGUGUGUUGCCGUAGCGCUGAUGGCCUCUGCCUCAGCUCUGAUUGCACCAAUGAAGAAACCGGAUGGGACUUUGGACUUGGAGAGCGUCCACACCCAUGUCUUACUGCUGGAACAGAUGUUUGCUAGCCUGGCAAAAGCUUCUGAAGUUGAGACCCUCAAGUCCAAAGUGGAGACCCUUAAGUCCAAAGUAAAGGCGUUGAAGUCUGCGAGUACAUCCACUAUACGUCAGAUGCGGACAAUCAACACCACUGCCAUGGAAACAAGGUCCAUUGUCCAGGAGAUCAGGCAGUACAGCAAUACAUCCAACGUGGCGUUUGAAGUAUCAUGUGAAAAGGCAGGGCAUGUCGUCCAAGCAAGUCAAAUCUUCAAGUUUAACAAAGUUACUCUGAACAAUGGCGGAGGGUACCACGCAGCAACGGGUGUAUUUGAAGCUCCCGUGUCCGGGACGUACCUGUUCUGGGCUAGCAUUGACCCAAAGGCACACAUUCACGUGGCUCUGUACAAGGAGGGGGCAGAGAUAGCGGUUGCGUCUGGCUUCGAGACUACCAGUCUUACGUAUGCAACAGAGGUGAAGGAAGGCGAAAAGGUUUGGUUUCAAAGUUUCAGAUACGCUUCCGAAGUCGAAACGAAUCGACACUCAACAUAUGGCGGAGCUUUGAUCCAUGAGCACAGAGUGUAGCAUGAUGACUCAAACCUAAAUAAAAUUUGAUUCAUAAAAUCUCCUUUUCUUGAAUAAAUAUUUGUCACUAAACAAGAA